AUGGAGCUUGCUCUUGAAAAUCCAUUGGCGAGCUUCGAAGACCAGCAAUACGAUGACGUUUCAGCUCUCUUCGCCAAUGAAUCAGAUCACAUGCCUUGUCUUCUCUCCUUCAAAUCCUCCGAUCUUCGUUUCUCUAUUCGAAGCCAUGCGGCGCAGCUGUGUUAUGGUUUAGAUCCAUUUGUAGUCUACCUCUCUGUCAAUUACAUCGACCGCUUCCUCUCAAAACAAGAAAUUCUAGAAAAAAAGCCGUGGAUUGCUCGCAUUCUGGUAGUUGCAACCCUAUCACUCGCUUCGAAGAUGAGCAACUGCAAUAUAGCAAAUUCAAUCUCCGAUUUACAGGAGAGGUGGUUAGAUUGCUUGCGCGCAAUGAAAGAGAUGUUGGCGAAUGGGAACGAGUCAAAUCUUCAUGCAUCAGCGAGUUGUACGUUGACACCCGUCAGCAUCAUUGACUUCCAACGCACAAUAUCUGAAAGCAAUAAUACCAGUACUUGA